AUGACAGCUAUGACUAUUGAUGAAGAUAAAGGCAAACGUUGGUCUAUUAUUGCCAUUGCCUCUUUUAUGCUUUUAAUUGUUGGAUGGACCGAUGCCCUUUUUGGAAGCUUAAUAGAACCACUGGAAGAGUGGUACGGAUAUUCGGAACGUGUUAUUUCUCUUGCUUUCCUAUUCUUCGUGGCGGGAAGCAUAACCUCGAGCUAUCUCUCUUCAAUAUGUAUCCAGAAGAUAGGUGUGCAGUACUUUAUAAUGUCGAUGACGGUGCUAUACUGCACUGGUGCCCUCAUUGAUGCAUUUAGGCCACCGGUAUUUCCAGCAUACGUAUUUGGAGUGUAUUUGCUAGGUGUAGGAACUGGCUCAAUGCAAACUUCUGCGACUGUAGUUUUGUCUCACUUCGAAGACGGACCGCUGAUGUCGCUCAUUUACGCCAACAUGGCGCUAGGUUCGGUUCUGUCGCCAUUUGUGAUCGGGGCUUUUCUACAGCACGACAUAGACUGGCGCCACAACUUUUGGAUUAUUGUUGGCUUUUCAGUGCUAUUGAUUUUUUUCUCCUGGUUUGUGUUCAGGGAUUUCGAGACACACGAUACCUCCAAGGACGAUUACACAUUCCGUGAAAAACUGGCCGUUCUCCUACCUUCAGGGAAACUCUGGGUAGGGCUGCUAGCUGAGACGGGUCUGCUCGUAUGCAUGGACAGUACUACACAAUGGCUCGCCCCUUAUCUCAAUGCACAUAAAGGAUUGAGCAAUGGUUUACCACAGUACGUACUCACCUCACUCUGGGGAGGUAUUCUACUUGGUCGUUUAUCUCUUGCGCAUGUGUCAGCAAAGAUCGGCAAACGCAGAUCAUCGUUCGGAAUGUACAUAAUCAUAUGUGCGCUGAUGGCUGGAUUGUGGAAGGUGGAAGGUAUCGCGGGAAUAGUAGUGCUGACACUGCUGAUUGGCUUCUUCUUCGGACCUCUAAUGCCUAACACCCUAUCUUCAGCGACUGAAUGCUGGCCUAGGGAACUGAGGAAUGCAGCCACAUCUAUAGUAAUGGCUACAUCACUCUUUGGUAGUCUACUAGGGCCAUUCUGUCUAUCUCAGGCGGCAGAUGCGACGACACUGGCGAUCUACCCGCCUGUUAUAAUAGUAGAGUGCUUCAUCACAGCAAUUAUAGUCUCGUUUACCUACAUAACGAAGCCAAAGAAGACACUGGAAAAAGGUGACCUGGAGGAGUCCCCUAGAUCUCUAACAUCAACGGAGAUCGGUACUGAAUUCAACCCAAGUCCCAAGCUCAAGACUUCAGCAGCGAUAUAG